AUGCCCAUCGUUCACCCCUAUCUGUCCUCUCCAGCCUUCGAACACGAAGAGAUACUGGAAGAUGGCGUAGAAGAAGUCGUCGGCGACAGCGAGCUGUGCAAGCCCAAUGAUCCCGAGAAGCAAGAGUGGUUCCAAGACCUCCUGGAUAGCCUACUGGACUUCCUCCCGCUAUCGGAUGCCGGCGACGUGGAAGAAUCGACCAAAGUCGCUGCUUUUGCUGAUUGGCGUGUGCCCAAGAAGCGGAGAACCGGGCAGCUGGUUCGCCGUCGAGCAUGGUCCCUCGACCCACCGGCACGCCUUCUGUAUCAUGACCACCUCUCGAGGGAUGGUGAUGAUUUCAGCAUGCUGAAGAAGUGCACGCACUGCAUCACAAUGGACACUCCGCAGUGGAGGAACGGGCCCGCCGGGCCCGGGACCCUCUGCAAUGCUUGCGGAAUCCGCUACAAGUCCGGGCGGCUCCUGCCGGAGUACCGCCCGGCGUCGAGCCCGGCGUUUGGUAGUUCUGGAUAUGCAAACAAUCACAAGAAGGUUCUCAAGAUAAGGGAGACCAAGAAAUCAAGAGGGGAUGAUGAAGAUGUCCUUUGCUGA